AAGGCAAAAAGACAAAAAAUAAAUAAAAUAAAUAAAUAAAAUUAUUUUGCUUUAUAAGUUUGAUGGUAAAGGCAUAUUCCUUCUACCUAGAUUACCUUGGGUAAUUGCCUAGGUAAGAUACAACCUUACGUAGUAUUUAGUUGAACAGACAUCUCUGAAAAGGUGAUCCCUGCUUUUCAGCCACUGGAACGGUAAUUCUGGAUAAUUCUGCCUGGAUCUUCAUGCAGCCAGGAGGCCUGAGAUCCACCAGAUUCAUCACUGACAUGGAGGAAAAGUCAUGACCUGAAAAUUUCCUGGUUCAAGCCCUCCAAACCCCCCACUGUGUGACUUGAGGGGAGUUUCUCUCAAGGCUCGGGCUCUUCGCCUGUCUCAUGGGAUAAGGAUUGCAGCCUUGGCUACCAGACUGCAGAGUGGGGAAGCUGGUGGGAGAAGGGCCCUCCUGCCCCUUCCUCUGCAAGGGAGGCCGCCUGGCAGGGGACAGCCCACAGGGAGGGUGCGGCCAGGCGUGGCCUCCGGUCACCCCUCCUCCGGGCCGCCCUGGUGACAAGGCAGCGAACCUGCACUAGAACUGGGAACUAGAGACAUGAACAAGAUCUUCCCCCAGGGGGAAGGCAAUGCUGCUGCUGGACCCAAAGCCCUCUCUGGAGGGGAAGACUGCAGCCCUCCCUGCUGCUCGCGCCAAGGGGCCUGCCUCUCCGCCUUCCUGCUGCUCCUGCUGGCAACUCUUGGAGCUCUGAUCGCCCUGGUUGCCAUCCUUGGACCCCCACCUCGCACGCCAGGAGCCCAGGCCUGUGUGACGCCGCUGAACAGGACGGGCUUCCUGUGCCACAACCGGAGAAGCUGCAUCCCGGCCAGCAGGGUCUGCGACGGUGUCCCUACCUGUGCCCACGGCGAGGACGAGGAGGAGGCCUUGUGCCGAGACGUGCCCCAGAGCCUCCCCAGCUUCCUGGUGGCACACUGUGGAGACCCCGCUUUCUGGAUCUACUCAGACCAGAAGUGUGAUGGGUUCAACAACUGCGGGGACUGCUCGGAUGAACUGAGCCCAGUGACGACGUGCCCACCCUGUGGCCCUGAGUGGUGGCGCUGCCCCUCGACCGUCUUCAAAUAUUGCACCUGCAUCCCCAGGAGCCUCUGCCGGGAUCACGUGCAGCACUGCUCCGACUGGUCAGACGAGUACUCCUGCCCUGGACCUUGAGUGGGUCGCCGAGGCCAGAGUGGGCAGCUGGUUAAAAUGGCACUGAUAACCCCCCCACACACACAAGAGCUAGGAAUCCAAGUGCACAAGGGCAGGAAGGAGCCUGUGGGAUCAUCUAGUGGGAUCUACACACCGUUGCCUCUGAAUAAGAAUUGCCUCUCGUGCUUUCGAGGGUUUCAGCCUCUGCUUGAACCCUUCCAGCGACGGGGAGAUCACUACCAUGUCAAGUAGCUCCUAGCAAUGAUGAGAGAACCUGCUUCCAUGAUUUGAAGCUUGUCUCUGGGUCACAUGGAGGAAAGAUGCCCCUCUACUCUGAGACAGGCUCUCAGAUACUGACCUUGUCGCCCCUUGGGGAAACGUUAAGUCUUGGGCUCAAACACCAAGCUGAAAGUUUAUCCCUUUGUAGAUGGCACAGUUAUGAAGUAUAUACCACUUCCUGCCCCUUUGGUACCUGAGGCAGAUACCGCUGAGCUUGGCUGCAGCUUUCGUGUCUUUCUCACUCAGUAAUCCUGGUGGGCUCACUGACGGAUCAGAGGAGAUGCACGUGAGAUGGGGUAUUGUCAUCCCGCCACUAGGAAGCCACCCCAGGAGGCUCUGAGCUGUAAGAAGAGCUUGAGGAGCCCCUCCCUACCCCUUGACUAUCCCUCCUCCCGCCUCCCACUCCCACCCUCAUGCUGUGACCAGUUGCCCCAAACAAACAGCCCAGGGUCCUUCAGUUAGGGAUCGUAUUUUGGUCCUGGAGCCUGAGUCAAAGAGCUGUUUCUUGACAUACCUUUUCUAGUUUCAUAACAGCAGGCAGGCAAGGAUGGAUAGCCCCAUUAAACAGAUGAAGAGACUGUGGCCCAGACAGAGAAACGACCAGGAUCACACAGAAAAAUCAAGGCUGGAACUGGGACUCAAACACAGUCCAUGGUGUCCCAGUUCCAAAGUCUUUCCUGCUACCAAUGUGAUUCUAUCUUGGCCAGGGUGGAGGCAGUGUCUGUGGCUUAUUUAAAAGGUAGUUUGAGAAGCAGAGUGUGGCAUCUUUACUCUGAAAGCUGCACUGGGAAUCUGGCCAAUGGGAGGAACAAGGGAGGCAGACGCAGCCCCCCUGGAAAUUAAUAAAAUCAGUUCUAUGUAUCAGUCUUGUGUGAUUUUGAACGGAAAAUGGGCAUCCAAGAAAUGGGUCAGCUCUGGUUCAUUCCACUGCCACGUUCAUCCAUUCAUUCACUUACGAAACAGUCUCUGCGCCUGCUCUGGGCCAAGCCAGGUGCCAGGUACCCAGAAGUGAACAGGCCUGGAUCCAGCACCCGAGGAGCACAGGGGCUCAUGGAGGAGACACCUCACACUGGGAGGAUGGGUGGGACAGCAGGAAAUGCAGGGCUGAGGGCCUUCUUGGGAGCUGGGAACAGUCAUAUUUCUGACUCGGAUGACCUGAGGGCCAGCUCCUAAAACAGGGUGCCUGAAGGAUCCUGCCCAAGGGAGGGUCAGCCCUGGGCUCUGGCAUCUUUGGCUGAAUUUCUCUCCAGGUGUGGUCCUAAAAAAACAAAUUCAAAUGCCAACAUGUUCCUGAUGCCCUGAGCAUCAGUUGUUGAAAACAAGGCUGGAGAGAGGCCAUGGGAAUAGGAGCCCAUGUUUGUUCACACUAGUCAGCUGCGGGAGAAGCCCAGUUCCUGCCAGGAACUGCUGGUGCUGAGUUGGUCCCCGCAGGAGAGAGGCAGGGAGAAUCCAAGGACAUCCAGUCCUGGGCUUCUUCAGUGGGUUGUGGCUUCCUCAGAAAAAUGCCCAGU